AUUUUAUUGUGGACUGACCGUCUUUCACAGUAGCGGAAGUGUCGGGAAAUUGGAUCCUUGCGGAAGACACGCCACGCGCCCCUGCAGAAUCAGAGCCUCGAUCGCCUGCGUUGCAUGACAUUACAGUAUUUCAUUGAUUUGCUUAAGGGAGGCAAAAUCCCAUAAGUAUCCAACAAACACCUCAUGUCAGCACCUCCUUAUCCACUCAGCAGCGACCAUUGACGCUCCCUAGUUCAUCCAUUCAUUGCCUGGGUCGACUGCUUCCAUUCUCUCGCAGCGAUUUCCUGUCCGUUGAUCCUCUCCUCCAGUACACCGUCAACGAUGCCUGGCCGAACCCUUCCCACGAUCCCGCAAGCCGAAGUCGAGUCCCACAACACCAAAGAGUCAUGCUGGGUGACGAUUGGCGAGCGCAUCUUUGAUGUGACAGACUUUGUCGAAGACCAUCCCGGUGGCGGCGAAUUGAUCCUCGAAUAUGCCGGCAAGGACGUCAAGAACAUCAUGGAAGAUGAAGUCUCCCAUUUCCACACCGAGACUGCCUACGAGAUCCUGGAAGAAAGCCUCAUCGGCUUCAUGCCGACCGAGCCUGUCCUCAAAGCUGCAACCGCCUCCUCUCAUCCCGAGCAAGUCGUGCCACUGCCCGCGACCGCCAACGGCAAUGCCGAGUUGAGAAAGCAAGGAGUACAAACGGGCGACUUGCCCACCAGGCCACUGUUCGAAUCAACGGGCAUGUCGAGCGCCGAAGACCUCUCCAAGGACACAGACCUAGACCAAGACUGGAAGACGCACAAAUUCCUUGACCUGAACAGACCUCUCUUCCCGCAGAUGCUCUUCAGCAAAUUCUCCAAGGACUUCUACCUCGAACAAAUCCACAGACCGCGACACUACCGAGGCGGCGAUUCUGCACCGUUGUUCGGCAACUUCCUCGAGCCACUCAGCAAGACGGCAUGGUACGUUGUGCCGUCACUAUGGCUCCCACCAGUCUUGUACGGCUCGUAUCUGGGCAUGAGCCAUCUACCCGUGUCGCAGGGGCCGGCAUACUGGUUCCUGGGUCUUUUCCUCUGGACUCUCGUCGAGUACCUUCUCCACCGCUUCGUCUUCCACCUCGACUACUACCUCCCUGAUCAUCCCGUCUUUCUGACUCUGCACUUCGUCCUCCACGGGAUCCACCACUACCUCCCCAUGGACAAGUACCGGCUGGUCAUGCCUCCCACGCUCUUCCUCAUCCUCGCCACGCCGUUCUACCAUCUCGCCCACACGGUCUUCUGGUACAACUGGUAUGCCGCCAUCACCGUCUUCUCAGGUGGCAUUUUCGGCUACAUCUGCUACGACUGCACACAUUACUGGUUGCACCAUCACCAGUUACCCAGCUACGUGAGGGAGUUGAAAAAGUAUCAUCUGGCCCAUCACUACCAGAACUUUGAACUUGGUUUCGGUGUGACAUCCAAAUUCUGGGACUACGUCUGGGGCACGCAGCUCGAGUACACGAAGCCCAUCAAAACAACCUAGACCGGGUGUACUCCGUAGGCUGCUUGAGAACAGCCAUCCAGAUGAGUAUCCAACUCUGGACAUGUACAACAUCAGUUCGGCAUCGUAAGGUAAAACGUUCAAUAGAAUCCUGGAAGCAUUGAGCGGACUCGUCUUAUUUGGGUAUAAUACAAAUGCUUCCAUCAUCAUUCGGGGUCUUUGUUGCCUGCUCAUUACUGUAUGACUUAUAAAGCACCCAAUUUAGCUCUUAAUCCUAAUGAAUGACGAGGCUACAAGUACAAACAUAGCUUGUCCAAGAUCCAGACUCGGAAGACCUGUCCCUGGGUGCAUUGAACUGCUAUCAACAUCUGUUUGGAUUUAUGCAUGCCUAUUAGAGAUCUCCUUUCCAGAAGUACAAUGAUCGUAUGAUAG